CUGUUAACGCACACACACCAAAAUUGGGUGAUCGAUCGCUUACAUAUUUUGUAUGAAAUUCCCCCCAAAAUCAACAAAGAAUUAAUCCAAUCUCUCUAAAUCAUGCUAAGGCUCAUCUCUUCCUCUUCCAAAUCCAAAUCAUCAAAAACCCUAGCAUCAUAUUCAGUCCCAAUUCACUUCCCAAAUCCUCACCAUCUUUCCGGCAGCUCCGCCAAUUCGACAAAGAUUCCACCUUUGAAUCGAUACUUAAAUAGGUUUUCAUCGCAUGGGUUCGCUAGAAAUCCCGCAAAUUUUGCAGAUUUUAAUCAGAAUUGGAGUGGAUUGAGGAAUUUCAGCUGCGAAUCAUCAUCAUCAGUGAGGAGAGAGACUCUGAAUUAUGAUGUGGUGAUUGUUGGUGCGGGGCCUGCUGGAUUAUCUGCAGCUAUAAGAUUGAAGCAGUUGUGCAGAGAAAACGAUGUCGAUUUUUCGGUCUGUGUUGUGGAGAAGGGGGCUGAAGUAGGUGCUCAUAUAUUAUCCGGGAAUGUUUUUGAGCCUCGGGCACUGAAUGAACUUCUACCAAAUUGGAAACAGGAGGAGGCGCCCAUACACGUUCCUGUUUCUUCUGACAAGUUUUGGUUGCUUUCCGAGACUCGUGCUUUCCCCUUUCCUUCUCCUUUCAAUAACCAUGGAAACUAUGUCAUAAGUUUGAGUCAGUUGGUAAGGUGGUUGGGAGCCAAGGCUGAAGAAUUAGGAGUUGAAAUAUAUCCAGGUUUUGCAGCUAGUGAGAUACUAUAUGAUACAAGUGACAAGGUAAUUGGCAUUGCAACCAAUGAUAUGGGAGUUGCUAAAGAUGGCUCUAAGAAAGAAACUUUCCAGCCCGGUGUCGAACUGAAGGGGCGUGUGACUCUGUUUGCAGAAGGCUGUCGAGGAUCUUUAUCCGAGAAAAUAAUCAGUAAAUUUAACUUACGAGAGAAAGGCCAAGGGCAGCAUCAGACGUAUGCUUUAGGAAUUAAAGAGGUUUGGGAAAUCAGUGAAGAGAAGCAUGACGCUGGCUCGGUGCUUCACACAUUAGGUUGGCCACUCGACCCCAAGACCUACGGUGGAUCUUUCAUAUAUCAUAUGAAAGAUAGACAGGUGGCUAUCGGACUUGUGGUAGCACUAAAUUAUCGCAAUCCUUUCUUGAAUCCCUAUGAAGAGUUUCAGAAAUUUAAGCAUCACCCUGCCGUCAGACCUUUGCUCGAAGGAGGUACGGUGCUUGAAUAUGGUGCUCGCACUUUAAAUGAAGGCGGUUAUCAGUCAAUACCUUACCCAGUUUUCCCCGGUGGAGCAAUUAUUGGAUGUUCAGCUGGGUUCCUAAAUGUACCGAAAAUAAAAGGAUCACAUACUGCAAUUAAAUCAGGAAUGCUAGCAGCAGAAUCUGCGUUCGGCACACUCCAUAAAGAGUCACCGUUAGAGAAUUUCUGGGACAGUUUAAAAAGUUCAUGGAUAUGGAAAGAGCUUCACAGUGCAAGAAAUUACCGUCCCGCAUUUGAGUAUGGUCUCUUUCCUGGUUUGGCGCUUAGCGCUCUAGAACAUUAUGUAAUGAAGGGAAGAUCUCCAUGGACACUGAAACACGGAAAACCCGAUCACGAGGCAACUGACGAAGCGAAAAUGUGGAGGACAAUUGAUUACCCAAAGCCUGAUGGUGUUAUUUCUUUUGAUAUGCCGACUUCUUUGUACCGGAGCAAUACGAAUCACGAUCAUGACCAACCAGCUCACCUUCGGUUGAAGGAUCCGAAAAAUCCAGAAAAUGUAAACUUACCAAUAUAUGGUGGACCAGAAACAAGAUAUUGCCCUGCACGGGUUUACGAAUACAUAGCCGAUGAAAACGGCUGUCAAAAGCUGCAGAUCAAUGCUCAAAACUGCCUGCAUUGCAAGGCAUGCGAUAUUAAGGAUCCAAAACAGAAUAUAAAGUGGACGGUGCCAGAAGGUGGCGGUGGACCCGGAUACACUGUCAUGUAGAUUAUGAGUUCUUUCAAUCCCUGUGCAGACAUUACACACAAUGUAAGGUGUUAGUAGUUGGUACAAUGAAUAUGGUGCUGGAAAACUCGUGUCGUCUUCAAUAACACUUUUUUUUCUGAGAAUAUUCUGUGUCUCGUACGAAUUUUUAUCGAUGGGUUUGAGAAUCAACGUAAAUAAAACUACAAAUUUGAC